UAUCUUGCAUUAAGUCGCUUUGGCCGCAGUAGCAGAUUUUAAUGUACAAGCCCACCACCCAAAACGUUUAUAUUAAAUCAUUCCACAUCUUAUUUCAAGCAUACCUCGUGAUUUUAAGAAAUGUGAUACGAAGUAUAUAAUUAAACACAUCACCGCAGUUCAUUCGGAAAAAAUCCAUAUUGCCUUCUGUUUAGCCUACUCGCAAAAGGGGAGGGGCUUUUAUUGUGAAGCGAGUCUUUCCAGUGGAAUGGGCCUCGUGGAAUCUACUUUUUUCUAAGUGCCGACGUCUUGUCUGAAGUAUGCAGGGGAAUAGUUCGGCGGUGUUUACCUUUGUUCUGCCUUGGUUGCUUUAACAUAGCUAAUGCAUCCACAUCUAUUAUGCAUUCCGUCCUACUUAAUAUAAAAAAGGAGAUGCACUUAACUUAUUAUUAAGUAAAUAUGGAUAGUGAUUGUAGCUGUGACGGAGUGUGUUCAGAAUAACUGGCAUAUCAAGUGAAUGGGCCGGUCCAGAGGGAUGUCUUGUGAGAGGCGUCUGGUCCCGGACCGUGCACAGCUGGAAUGGGGCGCGCGCCGGCCAGAUGCGGCUCCGCUGCACGCGGUUGAUCGCUGAUACACGCAGCUGAUCCCAGAUGAUCGCUUACUGCAGGGUCCACAUGAAGCACGAAGGGGCUUCGCUCAGCUACCUGCGGCAUCAAAAGCGACACAAUGCGGAGCAGGAGACACAUUCAAGUGGCUCCUUUGUGUCUCCAGCCAUUGAAGCACUACUGGCCCGUUGGGUGGAUUCAUCCUCGCCGGGCCUGAUGCUGAUCGGCUGCUUUCUGCGUGUGCUCCCCUUGUCUGGAAAUGCAGGCCCUGAGACUGUGGUUAAAGAAGUAUUUCAGGAGGUGGAUCAGCCUCAUCCUGCUCCUUCUCUUCAUCUUGUUUGCGAUGACGAUCAACACACUGCCUUCUCUCCCUUUAGAGGGUCGCAAGGUGCUAUCUUGGCACGGCCUUCAUGGGACGACUCAGGCCAGGGGCCGGCCUCUCACUCUGAGCCAUGCGGAGCAGCCAAGGCAGGACCCACCGGCAAAGCUUGGGGAACACGGGCAGAAAGUCAGCAUUGACCUUGCUCAAAGGCAGGCAAGUGAGCACGUGGUACAUCAAGCUGUCAGGAAGCGUCAUGUGAGCGAGGACACCGCUGCUCUGGCUAAGAGGGAAGCCAGAGGCAAGUCCUCAGGCAGCAGGCAGGAACAACAACCUCAGCAAUUAUCGACUGAGAAGCGAGGUAUACCAGGCAUCACGCAAAAUAACAACAGCAGAGCUUUGAUCUCAAACCAGCUACUCCCUCCCCAACAAGGCUUACAAGGCAUGAUCAAGCCUCGGAUGACAAAAAGGUCCUUUGAGGACCAGCAUCAGUUUCAAAUCACUUGUGCUCCAAAGUGUCAUAGGGUUGACACUCUCGGUGGUCAAGCUACUAUCCAGCAACAGCCUAUGAGAACGCGAGUCCCCAGAGACCUCAGAGCACAAACACGCCAAUCGAACACCAUCAGUGGGAAAGGAGACGUAGCCCAGCAGGGAGUCAAGAAGAAGGAGGCCGUCUGGUGCACCAAGGUGACUCAGGAUGAUUUCUUGGAAAGUUGGAACCGUGGAAUAAGAUCUAGGGCGGAGCAUCUACAGUGGUUCAGUGAGGAUGACAUCCAGAAAAUGGAACUGCUUUCUUGGGGUGAGGUGAUCAGCAAAGCCCGGGUUCCAGCCCAUGGACAGGUGCUUCAAGUUGGGCUGGGUACGGGAGGUCCAGCGAUCCCAGCCAGCGACCAUGCGAGCCGCUGUGAACAAGGCCUCUGUGCCUUGAUCAAGCGCUCCGAUGACUGGUUUGAGGUCUUUGCCUUCCAUCUGGACAGGGUUCUAGGCUUGAACCGGAGUUUGCCCGUGGUGUCCCGGAAAUUCCACAGUAACCUACUGCCCUACAGGUACACCAGCGGCUCUGCCAGGCCUGUGGUGUGGUGGGCUCCGGGCAUCCAGCACCUGCCCGAUGAUGACAACGACCAAAACUCCUUCCCUCUUACCUGGCUGCAGUACCAGGCUCUUCUGAAGGCCAAAUGCAACAAUAAGGGAGUGUCUGAGAAUUCCCCACCCUGCAUUGGUGUUCACCAUUCAGAAUGGGGAAGGCUGGCAUUGUUUGACUUCCUUCUUCAGGUCAGUGACCGGCUUGAUCGCUACUGCUGCGGGUUCGAGCCAGAUCCCUCCGAGCCCUGUGUGGACAACCGGCUACAUGCCAAGUGUGGGAACCCCAAGAACCUGCUGCUGGUGCACAUCCUGGUGAGGAAGGCUGACCCGUCAAAGCUGGUGUUCAUCGAUAACGCGGGGCGACCUUUUCAGUCACGUGACAACCUCAACUUCCUCCUGGUGGAAGGCAUCGAUGAGUUCCCCGAGAGGGCGGUGUCCGUGCUCCAGUCGGGCUGCCUGGAGUCCAUGCUUCUGCGCUCGCUUCACGUGGACCAGGAAUUCUGGGAUAGCCAGGGAGGCCUGCAUGGCCUGAGGGCGCUGGUCCGCACGGUGGAGGAACGUGGUAGGGUACUCCUGCGGCACAUUGAAGAGCGGCGGCUGAGGCUGAACCGGGACCUGUGAGCCGUGCGGGGGGGCAGGAGGGGGGGUGGGAGUGAGGCCGCUGACAGGUAAAGGCCUGAGCUCUCAGCUCCUGAUCGGAUUCCACAGAAUUUUCCAUCCCAGAACUUCGCCUGAUGAGUAUCUAUGACCCAGACGAUGUAGAUACGUCUGUGGAAACUUGGGGGUUCCCCCCUCGUCCAUGAGGACUUCUCUCCAGAUCAAAGAUGUGCUGUCUGGAUGGACUUGGGGGGGCAUCUCAGGGGUGGGGGGGGUUAUGGUGCAUGUCCCCCUGUAAUUGGCCAGCGGAUGCCAUUGGUCACCACACCCACUGUUGAGGGUGGAGAUUCGUAGGUGCAGUAGCUCGUCAGCGCCCCCUUGAGACGUUGGUUUAUAUCAGUCGAUUUGGUCAUGAGUGCUGGGUGUUUAAAUAAAGCAAGAGCACUUUAAACUCCCAUUGGAUAACACUUAGCAUGUCUUAAGUUUGUUUUAUCUGUGUGAUCUAUCCGUUUAGUUAUUCAGUACUUUUUAUCUCUCUUUAUCACUCUUUAGCUCUUGUCUCUCUUAAAUCUGUUAUGUCUUAGCAUGUUUCAGAUCCGAUUUGAAAACCUCAGGAAUCUUCAUUUUUCUGGCUCAUUCUCACUUAAAUGUCAAUAGUCUUUAUCGUUUUCAUAAAAGAAGCCAAACAUGCCAAUAUGCUGGGAAAAAAAUCUGUACUUACACACAACUGAUGUUUGAAGUUCUUUAUCUACAAGAUUUAUAUCUUGUAAUGCAGUUAAUGUCCUUUUAAUAGUGCUUUACCAAAUGGUAAGUUUGAAUUAUAUUGUGUAUAUUUGUUUAAUGUAGAAUAUAUAUGUAUAUACCACAUGUACAUAAAGAAUAUGGGGCUUUAAUUUAAAGCUGACCUGUAUUUGUAAGGAACUCUCAGUACUGUCAAUUUCUAAUGUAUUUCUAUGAACUAUGACUGUAUCCAAGCGAUGGGAUCAUGAGGAGAUCAGGUUAUUUUAUUAAAAACAUCUUUCAUUCA